GGAGCGGCCGCCGCCCGCCCCGGGAAACAGCGGGGUGGGAACGGGGGCAGCCGUGCGCCUCCCCCGCGCCAGGUCCUCGGGGAGUGAGGCUGCAGGUGGGCGCUCUGCCGCUUGGGUCUCGCUUGGAAGCACCUCGGGCAGGGAAAGUUUCUGGCCUCUUCUCUUCCCCCUUCCCCUCCCCUUUCUUUCCCUUUUUUUCCUCUUCCCCCCCUUUUUUAUCCUUUCCACUGGCCCGGUGGCACCAUGACAGCGUCUCCCGACUACCUGGUGAUCCUCUUCGUGACCACGGCGGGCACCAACGGGGCAAGGCUGGGCUCGGAUGAGCGAGAGCUGCUCCAGCUCCUGUGGAAAGUGGCUGACCUGAGGAGUAAGGAGCUGGGGCACCUGCAUGACAUGCUGGUCCGGCCUGACCACCUGGAGCUGACAGCUGAGUGCCAGGAGAUCACCCAGGUGGAUGUGGAGAGCCUGGCACUGGCUCCACCGCUGGAGCAGGCAUUGAGACAGUUUAAUCAGUCCGUGAGCAAUGAGCUGAACAUUGGUGUAGGUACUUCCUUCUGUUUCUGUACUGAUGGACAGUUGCACAUUAGGCAGGUUCUGCACCCUGAAGCUUCCAAAAAGAAUAUCUUACUGCCUGAAUGCUUCUACUCCUUUUUUGACUUGCGGAAAGAGUUCAAGAAGUGUUGCCCUGGCUCACCCGACGUUAGCAAACUUGAUGUUGUGGCCAUGACAGAAUAUUUAAAUCUUGACAAGAACAGUCUAGCGUUUCCCUAUGGAGCCUCUCAAGUUGAAGAUAUGGGGAAUAUUAUUUUAACACUAAUAUCUGAACCGUACAAUCACCGAUUUUCAGAUCCAGAAAGAGUGAACUACAAAUUUGAAAGUGGGCCUUGCAGCAAGAUGGAACUUGUGGAUGACAAUGCUGUUAUCCGAGCAAGAGGAUUGCCGUGGCAGUCAUCUGACCAGGACAUAGCGAGAUUCUUCAAAGGCCUAAAUAUCGCCAAGGGAGGUGCUGCGCUCUGUCUCAAUGCCCAAGGUAGGAGGAAUGGGGAGGCUCUUGUGAGGUUUGUAAGCGAAGAGCAUAGAGAUCUAGCGCUACAAAGGCACAAGCAUCACAUGGGGAAUCGAUACAUUGAGGUAUACAAGGCAACAGGUGAAGACUUCCUUAAAAUUGCAGGAGGCACUUCCAACGAGGUUGCACAGUUCUUGUCGAAAGAAAACCAAGUGAUUGUCAGGAUGCGAGGUCUUCCUUUCAAUGUAACAACAGAAGAAGUGCUGACAUUCUUUGGCCAGCACUGCCCUGUAACAGGAGGAAAGGAGGGAGUCCUCUUUGUCACGUACCCUGACAGCAGGCCAACAGGGGAUGCGUUUGUGUUGUUUGCUUGUGAGGAAUAUGCACAAAAUGCACUGAAAAAGCAUAAGGACUUGCUGGGGAAAAGGUACAUUGAACUCUUCAGGAGCACUGCAGCAGAAGUUCAGCAGGUGCUGAAUAGGUACUCUUCCACACCUCUCAUUCCUCUCCCGACACCUCCUAUUCUUCCAGUAUUACCUCAACAAUUUGUGCCUCCCACUAACGUCAGAGACUGCAUACGUUUACGUGGUCUUCCCUAUGCUGCUACUAUAGAGGACAUCCUGGAGUUCUUGGGGGAAUUUUCUACAGAUAUUCGGACCCAUGGAGUUCACAUGGUACUAAAUCACCAGGGACGUCCAUCGGGAGAUGCUUUUAUUCAGAUGAAAUCUGCAGACCGAGCUUUUCUGGCUGCACAGAAGUGUCAUAAGAAGACUAUGAAGGACAGAUAUGUUGAAGUCUUUCAAUGUUCUGCUGAGGAGAUGAACUUUGUAUUAAUGGGGGGCACUUUAAAUCGAAAUGGCUUGUCCCCGCCACCAUGUAAGUUACCAUGCCUUUCACCCCCUUCCUACUCCUUUCCAGCUCCUGCUGCAGUUGUGCCAACAGAAGCUGCUCUGUAUCAGCCAUCAGUGCUCCUGAACCCACGAACGCUCCAGCCCUCCACAGCGUACUACCCUGCUGGGGCUCAGCUCUUCAUGAACUAUACAGCAUACUACCCCAGGUAAAGCAGAGGAGAAACCAAGCAGGAACAAAGGAGUGUUUUUGCAGCAAAUGCACAAAGCUCACAAAAGAACAUUGUCUGCCAUGCUAAAGGCUUGUGCUACCAAGAACAGCUUGUUUGGGAUCUUGUUCAGGGAAACGGUUUCAGGAUAUCUAAGGAUUUCCCAAGUUUUAAAGUAUUUCAGGUAGUGAUGAUUUUUUUUAAAAACAUAAGUCACAGUUACAGUGGGAUUUUUGGGUUGUCUUUCUUUUUCACCUAACAUGCCUCUUAAAUUUGUUAGUUUGCAUUGUUGUGCCCUCAGUGGGAACUGGUGUGUGCAGUAUUCCUUCCCAUGUCCAUAAAGAAGCCCUUGGCCUCUCUUUAGAAUGGGUGGAUUGGGAUCUGCCCUAACAACUUCUGAAAUUCUGCCUCUGUUUUUGUAAUAAAGUAACUUUUGACCUUUA